AUGCAGGAGUUGGCUUUAUCUAUUGCUGAUCCUUGGAUGUUGAUAGGAGACUUUAAUGAGAUUCUUUCUCAUCAUGAGAGAAUAGGUAAAAAGGUUACUGCCAAACUCUCUAUCAGCUUUCAAGAGUGCUUAUCAUUAUGUUAUUUGGAGGAUUUAAAGUUCUCAGGGUGUUUCUAUACUUGGAACAAUAAACAAAAGGCAGAGGAGAAGAUUUAUUCAAAGAUUGACCGUGUUGUGGUUAAUUCACAAUGGAUAGAUUAUUUUCCAAAGUCUGAAGCUGUUUUUCUUCCGGAAGGACUCUUUGAUCAUAGUCCAAUCCUUGUUCACUUCUAUUUGGAGUUUGCAAUGGAGAAGAAGCCAUUUAGAUACUUUCGGAUGUGGAAAGAAGCUCCCUCUUAUGCAGUCAAAAUUCACACCAGUUGGAAUAUUCCAGUUGUGGGUACUGAAAUGUUUCAAGUGGUUUCUAAACUGAAAAGGUUGAAACAGGUAUUAUUGGGUAUUAACAGAGAAGGUUUUUCAGAUAUACAACAGGCAUAA